AUGGAAUAUCAGAUACUGAAAAUGUCUUCCUGCCUGUUUGUCCUUCUGUUUCUUACGCCUGGCAUUUUAUGCAUUUGUCCUCUCCAAUGUAUAUGCACAGAGAGGCACAGGCAUGUGGACUGUUCGGGCAGAAACUUGACUACAUUACCACCUGGACUCCAAGAGAACAUUAUACAUUUAAAUUUGUCUUAUAAUCACUUUACUGAUCUACAUAACCAGUUAACCAAAUAUACCAAUCUGAGGACCCUGGAUAUUUCAAACAACAGGCUUGAAAGUCUGCCUGCUCAGUUACCUCGGUCUCUCUGGAACAUGUCUGCUGCUAACAACAAUAUUAAACUUCUUGACAAAUCUGAUACUGCUUAUCAGUGGAACCUUAAAUAUCUGGAUGUUUCUAAGAAUAUGUUGGAAAAAGUUGUUCUCAUUAAAAAUACCUUGAGAAGUCUUGAGGUUCUCAACCUCAGCAGUAACAAACUUUGGACAGUUCCAACCAACAUGCCCUCCAGACUACAUAUUGUCGACCUGUCUAAUAAUUCACUGACACAAAUUCUCCCAGGGACAUUAAUGACCCUGACAAAUCUCACCCAUCUUUACCUACACAACAAUAAGUUCACAUUCAUUCCAGAUCAGUCUUUUGACCAACUUGUGCAGCUGCAAGAGAUAACACUUCAUAAUAACAGGUGGUCAUGUGACCAUAAACAAAACAUCACUUACUUACUGCAGUGGGUGAUGGAAACAAAAGCCCAUGUGCUAGGGACUCCUUGUUCUGACCAAGUGUCUUCUCUGAAGGAACAGAGAAUAUCUCCCACAGCUCCUGGAUUUACCUCAAGCCUAUUUACUAUCAGUGGGAUGCAAACAGUGGACUCCAUUAACUCUCUGAGUGUGGUAACUCAGCCCAAAGUGACCAAAACACCCAAACAAUACCGAGGAAAGGAAACAACAUUUGGUGUCACACUAAGCAGAGGUACCACUUUUACUAGCACUGAUAAGGCUUUGGUGCCCUAUCCAGAAGACACAUCCACAGAAAUGACCGAUUCACAUGAGGCAGCAGCUGCAACUCUAACUAUUCACCUCCAAGAUGGAGUGAUUUCAAACACGAGCAUCCCUAGUGGAGCAAAAUCAUCCCCAACACCCAUGACCCUAAGUAUUACCAGUGGCAUGCCAAAUAACUUCUCUGAAAUGCCUCAACAAAGCACAACCCUCAACCUCCGGAGGGAAGAAACCACUGCAAAUGUAAAGACUCAACUCCCUUCUGUGGCUAGUGCUUGGAAAGUAAAUGCUUCACUUCUCUUUAUGCUCAGCGCUGUGGUCAUGCUGGCUAGUUAA